UGGCGCCGCUCAGCGGUGAGAGAGUGACGCUGUCCUGAGUCCUGCGCUGCGAGGGGCGGAGUCAGGGGUUAGAUGCCCCGCCCAGGCGCUGGGAGGGGCGGGCAGAAGUUGGACGGGUCGUUCAGCAGAGUGCACGCGAGAGACAAUGUUGCGUGGCCGUGGGGUUAUGGCGCGAGCAUCCCCCGCCCUGCGUGGGGCCUGUCACCCGGAGCCCACAGACCUGCAGAAUAACAAUAUUCUAGAUUCCAGAAUCCAGCAUAAUUGCAGAAAACACGCCGGUGGCUUCUAUGAGAAAGACGAGGACACGUUUGAGGACUCUGCAGAAAGAUCGCUCCUUAACAAGCUGAUCCGGAAGUCCGUUGUGGAAUCUUCUUACAAUGUGGAAGUGCAGCACAAUGAUCCAUCGUCGCCGUUGUUCUCGGUGAAGACGUUUGAGGAGCUGCGACUGAAGCCUGAACUGAUACAGGGAAUCUACGCAAUGGGAUUCAACAGACCUUCCAAAAUCCAGGGGACGGCUCUUCCACUGCUGCUCGCAGACCCCCCCCAGAAUCUAAUCGCUCAGAGCCAGUCCGGAACUGGGAAAACAGCCGCUUUCGUCCUCGCCAUGCUCAGUCGCGUGGAGGCCCAGGAAAAAUAUCCACAGUGUAUCUGUCUCAGUCCUACGUUCGAAUUGGCGUUGCAAACAGGACAAGUUAUAGAACAAAUGGGGCGGUUCUGUGACGGCAUCAAUGUGAUUUACGCUAUACGGGGAAACAGACCGUCCAGAGGCAGCAGAAUAGAAGCUCAGAUCAUCGUCGGAACCCCGGGAACAGUAAUGGAUUGGUGCUUCAAGCUAAAGCUUUUUAACUUGGAGAAGAUCCGUGUGUUUGUCCUGGAUGAAGCGGAUGUCAUGAUUGGGUUACAGGGUCAUUCUGACCAUAGUGUGCGAGUGAAGAGAGCGAUGCCGCUAGACUGCCAGAUGCUCCUGUUCUCCGCGACGUUUGAGGAGUCCGUGUGGUGUUUUGGGGAGAAGAUUGUGCCAAACCCUAACAUCAUAAAACUGAGGAAAGAAGAGCUGACACUUGAUAACAUUCAGCAGUUUUAUGACGCUUGUGAAGAGAAGGAAGACAAGUACCAGGCGCUGUGUAACAUCUAUGGCGCCAUAACAAUCGCUCAGGCCAUUAUCUUCUGUCAGACUCGCAAAACAGCCAAUUGGCUGUCACAUGAGAUGGCUAGAGCUGGACACUGCGUGGCGCUGCUAAGCGGAGAGCUCCCAGUGACGGACCGCGCCGAAAUUAUUCAGAUAUUUCGUGAUGGCAAGGAGAAAGUCCUCAUCACUACAAACGUCUGCGCCCGAGGAAUUGAUGUGGAACAAGUGUCCAUUGUAGUCAACUUUGACCUUCCUUUGACUAUGGAAGGCUACGUAGAUUACGAGACUUACCUGCAUCGAAUUGGCCGCACCGGCAGAUUUGGCAAAAAGGGCGUGGCCAUCAAUCUGGUGGAGAAAUGCUGCUUAUAUAUGCUGCGGGACAUUGAGGAGCAUUUUGACACAAAGAUCCAGAAACUGAACACACGAGACAUGGACGAGAUAGAGCAGCUGUGUUACAAAGUAUCUGUAUAAUUCCUGCAAUAUACUCAGCUGUGCUUUAUGUGUUGUAAGUUGCAGCACUUAUGUUUCAGCACUAUGGGGGCUGCCACACCUGUGUAUGUAAUAUGUAGUUACCAGGUAUCCCCAAUGUGUCCUGUGUGUGUAAUAUGUAGUUAGCAGGGAUCUCCAAUGUGUCCUGUGUGUGUAAUAUGUAGUUACCAGGGAUCUCCAAUGUGUCCUGUGUGUGUAAUAUGUAGUUACCAGGGAUCUCCAAUGUGUCCUGUGUGUGUAAUAUGUAGUUACCAGGGAUCUCCAAUGUGUCCUGUGUGUGUAAUAUGUAGUUACCAGGGAUCUCCAAUGUGUCCUGUGUGUGUAAUAUGUAGUUACCAGGGAUCUCCAAUGUGUCCUGUGUGUGUAAUAUGUAGUUACCAGGGAUCUCCAAUGUGUCCUGUGUGUGUAAUAUGUAGUUAGCAGGGAUCUCCAAUGUGUCCUGUGUGUGUAAUAUGUAGUUAGCAGGGAUCUCCAAUGUGUCCUGUGUGUGUAAUAUGUAGUUACCAGGGAUCCCCAAUGUGUCCUGUGUGUGUAAUAUGUAGUUAGCAGGGAUCUCCAAUGUGUCCUGUGUGUGUAAUAUGUAGUUACCAGGCACACGCUGCUCACAGAAUGUUUUGUUGCACUUAAAAGGUUUCUGUUCUCACAAAGGAUAUUUUAUUUUUAUGUUUUCAUUUUCGACACACCUCACAGAUGUCACCCUAAUCUAUUUUGUCACACCAGCCUGUAACCCAAGCAUAUGUACCGUCACUCCAGCCUAUAUGGUCGUCACCCCCCCCCCCCCCCCCAUAACUGCAGCCCACCAUCACCCCAGUUUAUAUUGUCACCCCAGUUUUUAAGUGCAGCGUAUGUUGUUCCCACCUCUUGUAAGCCAAUCCUAUAUGGUCACCCCACCUUAUAUUGUCACCCCAGUUUAUAUUACCGCCACCGAUAACACCAUCUUAUAUUGUCACCCCAGUUUAUAUUACCGCCACCGAUAACACCAUCUUAUAUUGUCACCCAAUCUUAUAACCCCAUCCUAAAUGUGUGUCCAUUUACAGCUAGUCUCCCGGAUCGUUGAAUAGCCCUUCUACACACGCCAUGCCGUGGUGUGACUCUAGCGCCAAGCGUCUUUUCAUACAACUUUUUCCAUUAAAAUGCAUCUUGUUUACAAACUGAUGCUUAUAGGACGCACAAGCAUGCUGAUUACAAUGAUAUGCGUCAUGCCUAUAUUCUGUGUGCAACCGCAGCUGUAUCUGCAUACGGAAUGCUAUGUUACAGUGAUUUCCGGGUCUCCAUGUGCAGAUACAGCCGCGCUCACACACAGAAUACAGGCAUGACGCAUAUCAUUGUAAUCGUCAGAGUCUGCUUGUGCGUCCUAGUCACAUAGCGAUGCAAAUAAGACACAUCUGUAUAUUGUCACCUCGUCUUAUAACCCCAGCCUAUGUUGUCACCCCACGUUAGAACUCCAGCCUAUAUGGUCCUCUAAGUAUAUAACCCCCACCCCUUCCUCUGUCGCCCCAACAACCUAUAUGGUCGCCCCAGCCUGUGUUUUGUAUUAAUUACAGCUGCACCCCCAGUUAGAUGGGAGAAUCCCUGUCCACUUGCAGCUCUGCAUUAGUCCGUGGCGCCAGCUUCUGCCCAGGGCUGCAGAUGAACCGCUAUGCUCUGGGGAAGCCGGCUGUGUGGAGUUGCCCAUCACUCAGAUAUUUGGGUAGAGGGGCCAGAAGUAGGAACGUUUAUUUCCCGUCUCUAAGAGAUUGCAGAAGUAAUUGCUUUAUUCCGAUUUUUAGACAGUAUCUUCUCAUUUCACUUUUUUGAAAAUAGUGACACGCGUCUGCGCCCAGCUGUGGUGUCAUCAUGUGUCAGAUUUUACCUGUGUUCUGUUACAUCUUGUUGUGUUUUGUACUCCACGUGUAGUGUAAUCAUUUAUUCACGAUUUGAAGUGAAGUUUCAUUUUUUUUUCUUACUGAUAUGGUGUUCCUAUAUUGUGCUGUAUACUGUAUGCCUUGUCAGUAAAAUCGGUGUGUUCCA